AAGGAGUAAUUCACGGCAUAUUGGAGUAGGGGCUUAGCUGUGUGUAGGAUGUGGGCUGUGCUUUUGUAAACCGAGAAGUGGGGGGCGGAGGAAUCCACAACGCGGUUUGUCCCGGUGACGCAGUUGGUUGCUAGGUGUGAAUGAACUGGUGCUCUCUUCCCAAUUAAGCUGCUCUUCAGUCAUCAGGUUGAUCACAACAAAGCAACAACUCGUCCUCUCUGCCGUCCCGGAUAUACCGAGCAAAAAUAUGGCUCUUUAAACUCGUGACGAAGUUGAACCCCGAAAAGAAGUCGUGCUUUGCUUAAGCAACGCACCCCCAAGUGCUCUAUAUUUUUUCCUGCAAGAAUGGAGUUUCAUUAUGCUCACCCAGCCCUGCUCUCUGUGGCACAUCUGUCAGACCCCGCUUGCUCUCAGCAUAUGCUUGGACUUGGAUUGAAUCAAAAGACCAAUAGACAAAAUGAUGGCAGCGUCAGCUCCUGUUUGGAAGACUCUUCGUGUCUGCCCGGCAGACCCCCUCGCUCUCUCUCACCCACAGGCUAACUACAGCCAAUCACAGGGGUGCAGGGGGGAGGUGUCAGAGGAGAGUCAGCACUUAAUUGGUGAUGGUCUCACUGACUGGAUGACGGAAGAAGUGGACUUCUCCUCGUACCUCCCAAACCCUCCUUCCCCUCCCUCCCCUACCAAUGCUUCCCUUCCCCCUUCACCCCUUCAGAAUGAUAUCCAGGUGCCCUCUGAUUUGGAGGUCAUGACCUCUCUAUUGCAAGAGGAACUUGCUCAACUGGAGGACUACUUCCUGUCCGAACCACUGCCAGAGAAGGGGCCAAAGUUGGGAAAAUGCGACAGGGGUCCACUGCCAGCGGGUCCUCAACCGUUCUGUCAGCUGCCAUACGCAUCAUACUCUACUUCCAACCAAUCGGAAUCCAGCCCACUUCUUGUUACCCUGGCAACCGGAGAACUGGACCUGCUGAGUAUCUGUGGCGGGCCAAUUGGCCGAUCCAAAAUUCCUAGACACGCCCCAUACAGCUGCAGUCGCCCAAAUGGGUGUGGUAGGAAAAAAGUUCCUGAUGGGGUUAGAUUGGGUGAAAGCUAUGAGAAUAGUUUGUGGAGUUCCAAAGGAAAUAACUCAGGUAACUCAGCGGUGACCCUUACUAGUAAUUAUGGCUGUGUAGAAAAUGAGCAGCUGGUAGGGAAAAGCUACUGUCUGGGAAGUGCAGUUGAGGUUAGAAGAUGCGCCGUCCUACCCAAAGAAGAGAAAAACUGCUGUUUCAGCCAAGAGAUCAUCGGUGGUGCAAAGGUUGUUGGUGGCGGGUUUGGUUUUGGUGGGCCACUUGAUGUCCCCCAUAAGAGAGAGGAUCUGUUGAUGUAUGGCAUGAGGGAGAUCAGUGGAGGAAGUGGCAACAGCGAGGUGCUAAACAACAUCAAACCUGGCGUGGAGGUGACAAAAGCCACGGUUUCUUGGAAAAGCGAGAGCAGUGAGAGUUAUCUUGCAACAGCACAACAAUCUGAGGCCUAUCACAGCUUCUUAGGCAACAUUAAUGAGCAGGUCAAAUCAGAGAGUUUACAGAUAGGGCAACAUGAUUUACACUGUAAUUUUCUUGAGGAUCAGGGCCCAGAGUGUCUUUUAAUGGCUAGGGAGAUUCUUAACUUGGAGUCACCAGGGCACAGACAAGCGUGUAGGCUGAAGGAAGACCCCUGUCCUAUGAAAUACGAAGUAGACAUCAUUCCAGGUGAAGGUGGGGAGCGCAAACAGAAGAAGAGAGAUCAGAACAAAACUGCCGCUCACAGGUAUCGCCAACGAAAGAGGGCGGAGCUUGAUUCUUUGGAGGAACAGUUGCACUGUCUUGAAGGAAGGAACCGGGAACUCCGAGACAAGGCAGAGUCCGUAGAACGUGAAAUCCAGUAUGUUAAAGACCUACUGAUUGAAGUGUACAAGGCCCGCAGCCAAAGGCUUAAGCAGGAUGCAACCGCAUAACACCAAGCUUCUGCAAGUACAUUUACAGAGGACAUAACAGGGAAAUUGUAGAGCUUUUUUUUUUUUCGUUUUGUCGAAGAUUGAAUGUUUUUUCAUGGCGGGUGGGGUAACUGCAUGUUUUGCUAAUGUGAAUUAUUUUUUACCUUUCUAGUCAACAAUCUAUCCAAUGCUUCCAUUGCUUUCGCACUCUGAAAAUCUAACCACUUGAGCCUGCACUGUGACGUUUUAUGCUUUAAAUGACAAUCACUUUUAAUGGAUCUCAUGUUGAGUGAAUCUACUAACUGAAAUAGGAUUGAUUUCCAGAGAAUACCAUUCAUUAUGCAGGUUUAGAAUUUUUGACGGCCUUACAUUGGAGUUGAUGUCAGCAAUAGAACUAAACUAAAAGCGUAUCUAUUUUCAAAUUUUAUUUGUAAAUAUCACUGUUUUCAAAUAGUUAACAUAGUGAAAUAUAUGUUGUGACAGCAGGUGAAAUAGUUUGAUUUCAUUUUGACUGCCUAUCUUACAAACCAAAUAUUUUUCUAGAAUUACUUCUAAGAUCCCUAGUGAAGCAGAUAUUUCAGUUGCCAUAAAUAUUUUAAAUUAUUGGAAUUACAUUUGAGUAUCUGUUGACUUUUACAAUUGUGGAAAGGAUCAUCUUAUAUGGAGGACGUAAACUAUUCAUCAGCAGCCGUUGGAAACAUCAUUGUCAAUAUUUUGAUAAGUUCGCCAUCCUUUCCAAAUAUUUGGAAGUAAUAGCAAAGUAAUUCUUUUUAACUUAUGGUUUCGUUAAAUUAUGUGAAUAAGUUGCCAGCUUUAAUAGAAAUUGAGGAAUGGGAUUCAUGUACUUUAAGCAUGCAUUUUUUUUUUAAAACAAAAUUAUGGAUUUUUAUUUAAUUAUUUAGUUUAAUUAAGUAUUUAUUUAAUUUAUUUUUUACUUUAUUUUAUUUAUUUUUUGCUUUUCACUGAAGUUGAAACUCCAUCAACUGCUCUGGUAACUUAAUGUAGUCGACUGUUUUUCAUUAAGGUUUACUGAAAAUCAUUGUCUGUGUUCUUCCAACUAAUAACAGGCCACCUGUUUUUUCCACCAUGUAAUUGUGAAUAAUGGUAUAUAGUCCAAAUUACUCUGAUAGUUUGUCUUUCCUCAGUUGCAAAUUGCAAUACAAUCUAUUUUGCAGCUCAGGUUAUGCAAUUUAUCCUGCAGUCCCCAAGUGUCAGUUGAUGAUUCAUGAAAGAUUAGGCUCAGCAUAUUUCAGUCCAUCUUUUUACAUGGUAAAGAUCUGAUGGCUCUUGAUAGAUUGCUUUUCCAUAUGUACAGAUAUUGUGACUAGUGACUUUUUAGCAGCCUCACUCUGCAUGUGUUUCCAUUAAUGUACUCUCUGGAAUAGAAAAUGUAGGAUUUCAGAUAGCAGUGGAGGAUUCUGUGUCUACUUGCUUGUUUAGGCAAUAAGUUUUAUAGGCCUAUGGCUGGUCUGCACUAAUUUGUAACAACUUUUUGUAUGUUCAGGGAGUGGAGCUUGUUAGCCUUUGCUUUGUAGAAAAUGAAUUUUAAAAAUAUGUAGCUUUUUCAUUAGAUUAUUUGUGAUAGCCUUUGCAAUGUUAUUAGCUUUGGUGUAUGAGGAUAUAUUGUCUGAAUUAUUUUCAACACAUUUGUUGCUAAUAUGAAUGUUGUUUUGCAGAGGAAUCGCUCCUAGGCAAAUAACAUCUUUGUUAAAUAAUUAUCUAUAAGAUAGAUAUUGAACUUGUUUUGUUUUUUCUUCUUUUUUUCAUGCACAAUUAUUGUAAUGUGACAAUCUUGAAACAUAAUAAGUGCUAGCCUAUAUGGACAUUUAUUCAUGUUUAUUAUAGGCUUAUUCAAUACAUGUCUGCUUUCACUCAUACAAUGUGCUAUCAACCCCGAUAUAUUAAAAAAAGAUCAUGCAUCCUAAAAUGUUUAAUGAUAGCAUAAUUCACCAUGAUUUUAAAUUUGAUUAUAAGGCUUUGUAAUUUGGACUUAAUUCUAUCAUAAACAUAUUUUCGUUGUCAUCGACCCUCUCCCACCAAAAUAAAGUGUUUGUGUCAA